AUGCCGACCACACACGAGCCUAUUGCCAUUAUUGGCACCGGCUGCCGCUUUCCAGGUGAUUGCAACAAUCCAUCCAAGCUAUGGGAGUUGCUCCGCCAUCCCUGCGAUCUACUGAAGGAGAUCCCUGAAGAUCGUUUUAGCGUUGAUGGCUUUUACCAUCCCGAUAACUCUCACCAUGGGACAAGCAACGUACGCCACUCCUACUUUCUUGAAGAUGACUUGCGCCUCUUCGACGCGCAGUUCUUCGGUAUUAAGGCCACGGAAGCAAAUUCCGUCGACCCGCAGCAGCGCUUGCUCAUGGAAACUGUCUACGAGAGCCUGGAAGCGGCUGGACUCUCGGUGCAACAGCUGCAAGGCUCCGACACAGCCGUUUAUGUCGGUGUGAUGAGCGCCGAUUUCACUGACAUGAUUGGGCGUGAUGUGGAAACAUUCCCAACAUAUUUCGCUACAGGAACGGCACGGAGCAUCCUGAGUAACCGUCUUUCUUACUUCUUCGACUGGCAUGGUCCCUCGAUGACUAUCGAUACCGCCUGUUCGUCAAGUUUAAUUGCUAUGCAUCAAGCCGUACAAACGCUUCGAUCAGGGCAAUCAUCUGUCGCUAUCGUCGCUGGGUCCAACUUGAUUCUUGGACCUGAGCAGUACAUUGCGGAGAGCAAACUUCAGAUGCUUUCACCGACGGGCCGAAGCCGCAUGUGGGAUGCGGAAGCAGAUGGUUAUGCCCGUGGUGAAGGCGUUGCAGCGGUAGUCUUGAAGCCUUUGAGCCAAGCAAUUGCCGAUGGAGACCACAUUGAGUGCGUGAUCCGUGAGACUGGUGUAAACCAAGAUGGAAAGACGCCUGGAAUCACAAUGCCAAGUGCGACAGCCCAGGCAUCCUUGAUUCGAUCUACAUACGCCAGGGCCGGUCUAGACAUCAGUAAGCCAAGUGACAGACCCCAGUUCUUCGAAGCGCACGGUACAGGCACACCGGCUGGCGAUCCUGUCGAGGCUGAGGCUAUACACAAUGCCUUUUUUGGUGAAAGUGCAAACUUCCAUCCGCAAAGUCCUGAAGACAAACUAGUCGUUGGUUCAAUCAAAACAGUUGUUGGCCAUACGGAGGGCACAGCCGGAUUGGCUGCCGUUAUCAAGGCCUCGCUUGCACUGCAAUCCGGGGAAUUGCCGCCGAAUCGCUUGUUCAAUGAAUUGAACCCCAAGAUCAAACCCUUCUACCGAAAUCUUCAAAUACUUACUACUGCACAGAAAUGGCCGAGGCUGGCAGAACGCGGCGUGCGAAGAGUAAGCGUCAACAGCUUCGGAUUCGGUGGAGCCAACUGUCAUGCUAUCCUUGAGAGCGCCGAUAGUUACAAGGUUACGGAAGACAAGUCGCAUGGUACCGAAAGCAUUGGCAGCUUGUCUCCGUACUUGUUCUCAGCUGCAUCCGACAAUGCGCUUCUAUCAGCUCUUGAACGUAUGCGAAGCUACCUGGAGGCUAUGCCGAGCGACACAAGUGUUGAUCUACGAAAUCUUGCUUGGACGCUGUACACUCGUCGCACGACUUUUUCACAUCGCACGUUUGUGACAGCAUCUAAAAGUGUCAAAGAGCUCACUCAAAAAUUGGAUGAGUCCAUUCAGACUUUUCGCCAGUCUUCAGACUCAUUCUUGUCGAAAACGAGACCAUCCAACACGCCAUUGCGGAUCCUUGGCGUUUUUACUGGGCAAGGUGCACAGUGGCCACGCAUGGGAGCUGAACUGAUUGAAGACUCUCCUAUGGCAGAUCGUAUAAUCCAACGGCUCAACGAUAGUCUUCAGUCUCUUCCCCUACAGGAUCGGCCACCAUGGUCACUGCGUGAUGAGCUACUCGCUCCGCCUGAAUCUUCCAUGGUCGGCAGCCCCUCCCUGUCACAGCCCCUUUGCACUGCAGUGCAAAUAAUGCUUGUUGACCUCUUGAAAGCAGCCGGCGUCCAAUUAUCAGCCGUUGUAGGUCAUUCCUCCGGUGAAAUGGGUGCUGCAUAUGCUUCAGGGUAUCUCUCUGCAGAGGACGCAGUACGUGUGGCUUACUACCGGGGCUUGCACUUGAAAUCAGUCCAGCAGAAAGGGUCGAUGCUUGCCGUAGGAACCUCUUAUGAGGAUGCUAUGGAGCUGUGCUCUCUUCCUGCCUUUGAAGGGCGUGUGUUUGUUGCUGCAGUCAACUCAUCGUCCAGCGUGACGUUGUCUGGCGACAGUGAUGCGAUUGACGAAGUAAAGGUCAUCCUGGACGAGGAGAAGAAGUUCAAUCGUAUUCUAAGAACAUCUUGUGCAUACCACUCUCCUCACAUGCAGCCCUGCGCUGAGCCGUACGUACGUUCCCUUGAACAAUGUGGGAUAAAGUUGCAGCCCAGCCGUGCCAGUGCAGACUGCCGGUGGGUAUCCAGUGUUUUUGGAUGUAACAUUUCCGACAUUCCGUCCUCUGAAAGCAUUGGUGGCUCCUACUGGGCUUCCAACUUGACUAGACCAGUGAGGUUCACUGACGCCUUGAGCGCCCUCUAUCAAUCUGUUCAAGAUGGGGACAUUGGCACAUUUGAUAUGGCAAUUGAGAUCGGGCCUCACCCGGCUCUCAAAGGCCCUGCAACCCAAACAGUCCAAGAGUGCCAAAAUGGUCAGUCGAUUCCAUAUACAGGAGUUCUCGAACGUGGCAAGCAUAGCACUGAGGCCAUCUCAAAGUCGCUGGGCUACAUUUGGAAAACAUUUGGCGAGGGUGUAAUCGAUUUCGCUCAAUAUGAUCGUUUCGUUACGAACACGCAGCCAUCCUAUCAAAUGAUCAAGGGCCUUCCAACAUACUCUUGGGACCAUAGCCGAAAGUUUUGGCAUGAGUCGCGUUUGUCGAAGGCUUUCCGUACUCGAAAGGAUCCUCCACACGAGCUCCUUGGGCGUCAAGUACUGGACGGAACACCUAGCCACAUGCGAUGGCGCAACAUCUUGUCGCGUAAAGAGAUCUCCUGGCUUGACGGACACCAGGUCCAAGGCCAAACUGUUUUCCCAUGCGCCGGUUACGUUUCCGCAUGCGUAGAAGCAUGCAUGCGCGUUUGCGCUGAUUACGGGCCCGUCCAGUCCAUUGAGCUCCGUGAUUUCAAUGUUGGGCACGCCAUGGUCUUUAACGACGAUGCGGGCAUAGAUGCGCUCAUCACGCUGAACGAUAUUAAUCGAUCAGAAGAACACGGGAAAAAGACAUUGACUGCUCAAUUCGCAUUCCAAUCAGCUCCUAAAAAUGAUACACUCGACAUGGUACAGCAUGCAGACUGUCAGGUUCUCGUUGUACUCGGCGAAGACAUCCCAAAUCUUCUUCCACCCAAGGCACCCGAUGACUCGGAGUAUGCACUCUUAGACGUGGAGCAUGAUCGAUUUUACAACGCACUUGGCGAUCUAGGCUUCGGCUACGAUGGUCCGUUUCGAUCUCUUAGGAAACUGAAAAGAAAGCUGGGCUCUGCUCAAGGCUUCAUACAGACCCCGGUUCCCAUCACUCAAAAUCAGCUUUCACCACUGCUCAUUCACCCAGCAACGCUAGACUGCGCUAUUCAGUCCAUCAUGCUGGCAUUUUGCUAUCCAGGCGACAGUAUGCUGCGCUCAAUCUAUCUUCCUACCAACAUCAGGCGGCUUGUUGUAAACCCUUCACACUGCCUCGACUUUGCCGGGAAGUCCUGCCAUGUGCUGUUCGACUCCACUGCAGUAGUGGACACGGCAAAAAGCCUUUCUGGUGACGCAAACAUCUACUCUCCCCAAGGAUUCAAUUGUAAAGCCAUUCAACUGGAGGGCCUUCAGACACGGCCGCUAUCAAAUGAAGGCGAGUCCGGCGACCUGAAUAUUUUCACUGAGUUGGUAUGGAACGUCGACAAGCCUGACAGCGAAAUUAUCAUGGCACAGGUUCCAGUUCAGGAGCCCGAUGCCGACCUUCUCUUUUCUUUAGAGCGCGUUGCAUACUUUUAUCUCCGCCAACUUGGUAACACUUUCCACCCUUCGAAACGUGAUGCUCUGGAGUGGCAUUUUAAAAGGCUGCUCGCGUACGUCGAUCACGUACUUCCCAGAGUGUCUCGUGGAGCAAGUCGCUUUGCCCGGAAGGAAUGGGCCAAUGAUACUGAAGGGGUUAUCACGGAAAUAUAUAACAGAUAUCCACAGAAUGCUGAUCUAAGACUUAUGCGCGCAGUUGGGGAAAACAUCAUUGCCGUUGUUCGAGGAGAAACCACCAUGCUUGAACCGAUGGUUCAAGACAACAAGCUGAACGACUUCUACGUCCAUGCUGAAGGCAUGCCUCAGUAUACUGCGUAUCUUGCUGCAUUCGCUAGUCAAAUCGGGCAUCGAUAUCCCCAUAUGAAUGUACUGGAGAUCGGAGCUGGGACAGGUGGUGCGACCAAGUCGUUCCUCAGAGAACUUGGGGAUCAGUUUGCAACCUAUACAUUUACUGACAUAUCAAGUGGGUUCUUCCAGAAGGCAUCAAGCGUCUUUGCUCGCUACAGCUCAAAAAUGAACUUCCGAGUCCUUGACAUUGAAGCAGACAUCAAGACUCAGGGCUUUGCUAAGGGAUCUUUCGACGUGAUUAUCGCAUCUUUGGUCCUUCAUGCUACUAGGGACUUAACCAAGACGUUGCACAAUGUUCGAGAGCUGCUCAAGCCAGGUGGCUACUUACUUCUCCUUGAGAUUACCGACAACGAACAGAUGAGAUUCGGCCUGCUUUUUGGCGGGCUUCCAGGAUGGUGGCUCGGGUAUGAUGAUGGGCGUGCUUUAUCACCUUGCAUCGGCCUUACUGAAUGGGAACGCCUACUCAAAGAGACCGGCUUCUCAGGUAUCGACACUGCCAUGCCGCACAACGAACGACUACCAGUCCCGCUCUCAGUAAUCGUAUCGCAAGCUGUAGAUGAUCGAAUCGAACUUCUGCGGCAACCUUUGCAUCACACAACCCAAAAUGCCCUAAUUCCCCGUCUGGCGAUCGUGGGGGCCGGACACAGGAGUGCUGCACUGGCUUUGGGCAUUCAAAAAGUUCUCACGCCUCACUGUGGUGAUAUAAAAAUCAUCGGCUCAUUACAACAAAUUCGAGAAAACGACUUGAAUGUUGGCGGCAGUGUCCUGUGCCUCUCAGACCUAGACGAGCCUAUAAUGAAGUCAUUGGAUCAGUCCAAGCUUCGAGGCUUCCAGGAAAUAUUCAAACAGUCCACUAAUGUGCUUUGGGUCACUUCGGGGGCUCGAGAGGGAAACCCAUUCUCCAGGAUGGUCGUCGGAUUUGGCAGGACUAUCGUCCUGGAAAUGGUGCACCUGCGCCUCCAGUUCCUUGACAUGAACAGCACUGCAGUUCCCGAACCACUAAGGAUUGCCGAGGCUUUGAUUCGUUUCUUGACGCCAGAGACAUGGAGUGAGAAGCCUGAUUCACUGUUACAUUCUGUCGAGCCUGAGCUGUCUAUAUGUCCAAACGGCAAAGUUCUCGUGCCUAGGUUUAAACUCAAUAAGCAUCAGAACGACCGGUACAACUCUAAACGCCGCACUAUCAAACAUCCAGUUGAUGUCUCAAAAUCUAUUCUGGAACUAUGUUACAGUAAAGAAGGCAACUCAUAUGAGCUUGCAGAGUUGAGCUCAGAUAACAAUGUGCCAGUCUGGUUUGCUGAAGACCAUUUGUCAGAGAUUGAGGUCAACUACUCAAUGAAUCUUUCCGUACGGACACAGGGAGACUGUUACCUUUUCCCAAUCUCCGGAGAGCACAAAGCAACUGGUAGAACCGUCUUGGCACUAUCUCCCAAAUUAUCCUCCAGGGUGAUGAUCCCAGACUCGUUUGUUCUGUAUGAGCUCAAUUUAUCAACAGAGAAGCAACAUGAGAUUCUACAUUCUUUCUACUUAACCCUGAUUGGGCAGGCAGCCCUGAGCGAUAUUUCAGCCGGCGCUCAUGUCAUUCUUCUACAGGCCGGAAAUCGGUUUGCUCAACUUGUGGACAGGUUGGCAACUGACAAAGCCGCCACGAUGAUGUGUCUUUCAGACCAACUCGACACCAAAUGGGACUAUGUUCAUCCGAAGACACCUGGGUCAGCGAUUCGGAACCUGAUAACACUGAAAUCUCCCGGUCUGGAGACUCUGGUUCUUGACAUGGGCAAGGAUAGUUAUAUCACCACUGCGGUAGCCGAAAGUCUACCGAAGAAGGAUUGUCCCAUUAUUCGGAAAGCGGAUCUUGUUAGAUCAACGGGAUAUCUGCCCAGGAAAGAUUUAAGACAGAACAUCCGAGCUGCUUUGAACGAUUUCAAAUAUGCGCUUCAGCAGCAAACAGUUGCAGAAAACACCGCCGAGACUAUUGAGCCAGUGCCACCGAUUCACCAGUUGGAGGAGUUAGUGAGUAAUGCAGAUGUUGAGAAACGCGCUGACCACGAGAUUAUUGUGUCAUGGAGAUCGAAGUUGACUGCAGUUGAUGUGCCUACACACAGUGUCGACACCAAAGUGCGAUUCAGAAGCGACAAGACAUACUGGCUCGUAGGGCUCACUGGGGGUCUUGGUCUGUCGCUGUGUGAAUGGAUGGCACGGCAAGGCGCUGGUCACAUUGCUAUAACCAGUCGAAGCCCAAAGGUCCAUGAGAGUUUCAUAGAGAAGAUGAAGCUCAGGGGAGUUACUAUCGAGGUCAUUGCCGCUGAUGUUUGUAACCGAGAUUCUCUUCGCAAGGCACACAACGACAUUACGCAAAAGCUACCUCCCAUUGCGGGUGUUGCACAAGGCGCUAUGGUCCUCCAUGACACUAUGUUCGUUGACCUUGACGUCGAACGUAUCAACAAAGUUAUGCGACCUAAAGUCGAAGGCAGCAUGUACUUGGAAGAGAUCUUCCAAAAUACUCAUCUUGAGUUCUUUGUCUUCUUCUCCUCUAUGGCCUGUGUCACUGGUAAUCCGGGCCAGUCGGCCUAUGCGGCAGCUAACAUGUUCAUGUCAGGCCUCGCGGCUGAACGUAGACGUCGGGGCUUGAAUGCAUCUGCCGUUCACAUUGGUGCCAUCUUUGGCAAUGGCUACGUCACCCGAGAGCUGACUCUAGCCCAACAGCAGUUCUUGAAAAAGGUGGGAAAUCUGUGGCUUUCUGAACAAGACUUUCAUUGUCUUUUUGCCGAAGCUGUCUAUGCCGGACAAUCGCAACGGGAAUCGAAUGCCGAGCUCUCUACCGGCCUUAUGAUGAUCGAAGACAACGAAGAGUUCCAGAAAAAUAUUACUUGGUUCAGAAACCCCAUGUUUCAACACUGCGUAAGAAACGUUCAGACGACACAACUAACGGAAAACACUGCGAAAGGCCGUCACGGUGUUCAAGUCAAAGCUCAGCUACAGGAAGCAGUCACGCCAGAUGACGUUCGUGAUAUCAUCCAUGAAGCGUUUACUCUCAAACUCCAAUCGAGUUUGCAAAUUGAUGAGAGCAGGCCUAUUGGAGAUCUAACAGCAGACACCCUUGGUAUUGACUCCCUGGUGGCUGUCGAUAUCCGCUCCUGGUUCAUCAAAGAGCUCCAAGUUGAAAUUCCGGUCCUUAAUAUUCUUAGCGGGGCAACAAUGGGCGACAUUCUUGCGCGGGCGCAAGAGUUACUACCAAAAGAACUGACGCCAAACUUCAACCCGGAUGGGAAGUCAUCGCUGAAGCUUAUCAAAACCCAACACAAAAGUCCUGCCACUGCAAUGACCACACCCUCGCCAGACGUUACUGAAAUUGCAAGUGAUCGGUCUCGAGGACACGCGAAGGAUAGUGCUGAGGAAAGCGCUCCGCGUUUGCCUAAGACAUUUGAUAACAAAACUGCGGUAACUCGUCCGCCAGUUGUUACACAAGGGCCUCAACUAUCUUUCGCAAAUGGAUCGCGCUCGCCAACUGCCACAUCAACAGAAUCUGGGAUUAUCUUCUCCCCUGCCGAUACGAAUUCCAGUACAACAUCUUUUGGUCAAGUUGAUGCCACAAUGGCAGACUUUUCGGAGUCUAAGCCAGGCUUUUCUCCAACUUCAUGGUCGGAGAUUGACGAGCAUGAGGCAGAGUCCAGAGGGUCAGAACCGAUAGCAGAGCCGUCCACCAUGAGCAUUACCACGUGCCUCGAGAAAAACGAUGCUAUCAUUCGAUCCACAGGAGCCGUAACUAAAAGAAUGCCCAUUUCAUUUGCACAGUCUCGGUUUUGGUUCCUAGAACAAUUCCUCGAAGCACCUGCUUCUGCUCUCAAUGUCACCUUAUCAAUCGACCUUGACGGUCCUUUGCAGAUCGGCAAACUUGAAAGGGCAGUGUUAUCCGUUGGCCAGCGCCACGAGGCCCUUCGCACAAGAUUUUCUGUCGAAAACUCUACUGCAGGUGUGAUGCAAGAGGUUUUAGCAUCCUCAUGCUUAGCUUUGGAGACAUACGACACUAGUACUGAGACCGAAGAAAAGGAUUGGCACAAACUUCUUUCUCAACACAAAUACAGAUUAUCUGAGGGCGAGAAUAUGCGAAUAAUUCUUCUCAAAAGAUCAUCAACAUCCUUUCGACUUAUCAUAGGUUACCAUCAUAUCAACAUGGAUGGCGUUAGUCUUGAAGUUGUCCUUCGUGAGCUGCAGCUUAUUUACAGCUCCCAGAGCCCCCCAAGCAUUCAGGAUAUUAUGCAAUAUCCUGACUUUACUGAGCAACAACGUCUUGAAUACCAAUCUGGGAAGUGGGAGAAUGACCUCGCCUUCUGGAAGAAGGAGUUUGGGAACCAGGCGCCCCCAGUCAUUCCACUUCUUCCAUUAGCUAGGUCUCAGGCGCGGAAGCCGCUCACCUCCUAUUCGAGCAACUUCGCAGAUUUCUAUAUUAGCAAGACAGUAGUCUCAAGUAUUGAGUCAACGUGCAGCAGGCUCAAGCUGAAGCCAUUUCACUUCCACCUCGCCAUUUUCUACACUCUCCUGACGCGGCUGCUGGAUGUAGAAGAAGUCUGCAUUGGCACUACAUCAGCAAAUCGUCAAUUGCCGACCACAGUGCAAAGCGUUGGCAUGUAUUUGAACCUUCUGCCUCUUCUCUUCAAGUCUCAGCCGUCUCAAACCUUUGCAAGCGCCAUGCAACUGGUUCGAGAUAAGUCCUUGGCUGCGUUUUCUCAUUCAACGGUACCUUUCGAUGUCAUAGUCAGCGAACUGGGCGCCGCAAGAACGACUUCACACAGUCCGAUGUUUCAAGUCUCUUUCAAUUAUCGACCUGGUGUGUCGGAAAGACGGAACUUCUGCGACUGUCGGAGUAAAGUCGCGGAAUUUAACCAAGGUCAGACAGCGUACGAUCUGACAUUGGACGUCAUUGAUAACCCUGGUGACGAGUGUCGGAUCAUCCUUGGGGGCCAAUCAGCUCUUUAUGGCAAUUCAGAAAUGCAAAGCCUGAAAGACAUGUAUAUGAACCUUCUGAACACCUUUUCCAGCAACCCAGGCACACGUCUGAGCACACCGUCGCUCUAUAAUAUUGAUGACAUAAAAUCUUCUGUCAUCCUUGGGAGAGGGGCUUUCCAACAGCUUGAAUGGCCAGAAACAUUGGUUCACCGUAUCGAUAACAUGUCUGAGCGUUACGGAGACAAAAUCGCGAUCCGAGAUGCUUAUGGAGGGUCUCUCACUUAUUCGCAAAUGACCAAGAGGGUGAACCUUAUCAGUGAGUCAAUCAACCGAUAUCAGGCCAAUCCCGUCAAGCCUGGUACUAAGAUAGGGGUAUUCCUCGAACCGAGCAUGGAUUGGAUUUGUUCCCUUCUGGCUAUUCUACGCCUUGGAGCCGUUUACAUACCCCUCGAGACUAACCUAGGUUUGGAUCGCCUCUCACUAAAUGUUGGCGACUGCAAGCCUGAUUUGCUUCUUGUGAAUGCAUAUACGAAAGUGCAAGCAAAACAUUUUGAACCAUUGUUGCAGCCACAGCAGAUGUUCGAUAUUGGUAACGCUAGUGCACUUGCCAAUGAAAACAAAAUACCCGUUGUAGCCAAAUCAAGCCAUAUCGCGGCUAUACUGUAUACCAGUGGCUCGACAGGAGUUCCAAAAGGCAUCGUUAUGAAGCACGACUCGUUUCGGAACAAUCUUGAGAUUAUGACAAGUAAAGUCUUUUACCGCGAAGGGAAAGAAGUUACUCUGCAACAAAGCUCUUUCAGCUUCGAUAUGUCUCUCUGUCAGACUUUCUUGGCUCUUUGCAACGGUGGCACGCUCUACGUAGUGCCACGAAAUCUAAGAGGCGACCCACUGGCUAUAUCAUCAAUUAUUGCCAAUGAGGGCAUCACCUUCACGACAGCCACUCCGUCUGAACUCAUCAGUUGGAUUCAAUACGGUGAUUCCGUUUCCCUAAGAAAUUCAGCUUGGAGGGUAGCCCAAAGCGGUGGGGAACCGGUGAGGCCCGGAUUGCUGCAAAGCUUCUGCGAAUUGGACAAGCCAGAUCUACAUUUGAUCGACUGUUACGGGCCAACAGAAAUCACGUUUUGCUGUCUCAGUCGAGACGUCGACUACAGGGGUGAACUCACAUCCAGCAUUACUGGCUCUGAGGCGAAGGGCUUGCAAAUUUGGCCCAACUAUUCCAUGUACAUCCUCGACGCCAACCAGAAGCCGGUGCCUGCUGGCGUGUCCGGCGAGGUUGCCAUAGGUGGCUCAGGUGUUGUAUCGGGCUACCUGCACAGCGAGCUAAAUGUCAAUGGCUUCAGAAAAGAUACAUGGGCCUCUCAAAACUUUGUCGAAAACGGCUGGACGCAGUUUCAUCGCACCGGAGAUAUUGGUCGGCUGAAUUCAGCCGACGGAACAUUGGCCCUGGGUUCAAGGAUUGCAGGAGAUGCCCAAGCCAAGUUGCGAGGACUUCGCAUAGAUCUUUGCGAGAUCGAAACAGCUAUUUUGAAAGCUGCCGAGGGUGCGAUUUCCGACACUGCCGUCACAAUUCGUGAGGGCAAGACACAGGGGCUUGAAUACCUAGUUGCCUUCGGCGUUCCAACCACCUCUCAGGCUACGGAUGAUUUCAGUCGCAUCCUUGAUCGACUUCCACUGCCGCAAUACAUGCGCCCAGCUGUGUUGAUGCCUAUAGAAAAAUUACCCACAAAUUCCUCCGGCAAGAUUGAUAGGUUCGCACUCAAAUCAAUCUCGCUUACUCAAAUUCCAAGUUUGUCCAAAAAACCUAACAAUGAGCAACUAAACAAAGUCCAGUCACAGCUAUUGGAGCUAUGGAAGCAGGUCAUCUCGCCUGAAAUUCUCUCCAAUUAUAGUUUACACGCAGACUCGGAUUUCCUCCACGUCGGCGGCAGCUCCAUGCUCAUGGUGCAGCUGCGCGCUAAGGUGGAAGAGACCUUCAAAACUAAGGUGUCUCUUUUCAAUUUGUUCGAGGCGAGCACACUCCGUGGCAUGGCAGCACUUCUUACAGAGGACACUAGCAUGGCGGAUCCGUCAGAUGGUGGCCGCUCUGAUGGCAAGUCUCGUGAAAGUAUUGACUGGGACACGGAAACCGCCGUACCACGCAGCUUGAUAGGUAUGCGUACAUCGCGGAGAUCCUUUGCGAAUCCUAGCGUGGUGGUGCUCACUGGAUCAACCGGUUUCCUCGGCAAAGCACUUCUCAAACGACUCUUGGAAGACAGUAUCGUGCAAAAGAUUCACUGCUUGGCCAUUCGAAGUGAUCUUAAGAGUCUUCCUAAAGAUCUUUUCGAAUCGCCAAAGGUUGUUCUCCACCAAGGAGACCUUGGCCUGCCGCAUUUUGGACUGUCAGAAGAGACCGUAUCAAAAAUCUUCUCAGAGGCCCAUGCCGUAAUUCACAACGGCGCCGAUGUCUCAUUCAUGAAGUCUUAUGCGACUUUGAAGCCUGUAAACGUGGACUCGACGAAGGAGCUGGUACGACUCAGUUUGCCUAACCAAAUUUCCUUCCAUUAUAUAUCGAGUGCCAGUGUCGUCCAGCUUACGGGGCAAGAGAGAUGGGAUCAACAGUCAGUGAAAGAAUACCCUCCAUCUGCUUCAAACGUAGAUGGCUAUAUUGCCACCAAGUGGGCAUGCGAGAGGUAUCUCGAGAAAAUUAGCGAUCAGUGCACACUACCAAUCUGGAUACAUCGGCCAUCAUCCAUCUCGGGAACCGAAGCACCCACCCUGGAUCUCAUGUCUAAUCUGCUACGCUUCGCAAGGCGUACUAAGGCAAUUCCAGAUACAAGCGCUUGGAAGGGUUCACUCGACUUCAUUUCCGUAGAACGUGCAGCUAUGCAAAUCGUCGAUGAGGUCUAUGAGGACUAUUCUUGGCCCGGUAACGUCAGGUAUCUUUACGAAUCUGGUGAAGAAAUCUUUCCGCUAGCAAAUCUACGAGAUAUUUUGGGUCGCGAGACCGGGAGUAAGAUUGAGGAGCUGCCCAUGGAGCAGUGGAUAGCGCAAGCAGAGGCGCAGGGCAUGAGUCCGCUGCUAGGCGAUUAUUUGCGUGGUGUUUCCGAUAGGUCUCUCGUUUUCACAAUUCUGGAGAAGCAGGAAACAUGGCUGUAA